UCAAAAGUUGCCGGAAGUUCCUAGGCAAUCAUGGCGGAUAUCUUUGGAGACGAAAGUUUAUUUUCCGAGUUUGAAAAAGUUCGCGAUACCCAGAACAUAUUCAUUCAUUAUGAUAAAGACGAAGGAGGCUGUGAAAAUAGAUCUCGUAUUAUUUUUCGAGGUACUGAGUCAGAUGAAGAAAGCAGCGAGGAUGAAGACUUUGGUGGUGAAGUCAACGAUACAUGGUUCACGAGUGAUAAGAUUAAGAAGGAUGAAAGUGCCGAGAAUGCAGUAGAAAUCUCCAAUGAUGCACUUGAAAUUACUGAGUGUGACAGUAAAACUUUUGAUCCCGUCGUCAUUAAUGAUGGAGUGGAAGAGCCUUCUAAAGAGGUGGGAAGUGGAGAUGACAAUGCUUGUUGUCAAAGCACCACAUAUCAAGAACAGUUCGAAUCAAAGAAGUUACAUCAAUUUACCAGGCUUAUCGAUUCGACAAGGUGGGUUCCAGAUGAGCAAAGCCCAGGUGUCCAAGUGAUAUUCCAAAAUAACAAGUUUGCCAGAAAGUACCGGGCAAGAAUAGAGCAGUUCAUCAUCAGUUUGACAGAGCACGCUGACAAGAAGGAUUUCUCCAAAUCUAGCCUGGAAAUCUCAAACAAGCUUGCUGUACCCUCUUGUGUGGAUCUGAACAAAGCAUUGCCGCCAGAGAAGCGAACCAACCAGAUGUGGCAGACACAUGGGGUGAUUGGCUGUGCUCAGUUUCACCAUGGCUUUAUGAUUGAUACCCGGGGAUGGCCUCUGGAAGCAGAUGACCCUGCUCUGUGUACAAACUGGGAAGUGCCAAAAUACUAUCAGGUGUUUGACGAAGUUUACCCUUCAGAACCAGCAGCUAAUUCAAGUACACUUGCUAAACCGGCCAAGCCCAAGGAAACAUGUUUCAACUGUGGUGGUGACCAUCGUCUCAAUGACUGCAAGCUGGCACGAGACAUGGACAGAAUUCGCACAAAUCGCAGGGAGCAUCAAAAGAAAUCUGGUUCAAAUACCAAUUACUCAGCUCGUUAUCACAAAGAACCUGAGUUACAUCCCACAAGGCAGAAAUUCAAACCAGGAAAAAUCAGUGAUGAGCUAAGGGAAGCAAUGGGUCUACUGCCCAACCAGCUGCCACCUUACAUUUACCGCAUGCGGCUUUUUGGCUACCCACCAGGCUGGCUUAUUGAGGCCAAUCGAAAAGCGUCCAGUUUGGCUAUGUACGACAAAGAUGGUAGAGAGACCGACCUGAGAGGAGAGAGUUUAGAAGAUGGAGAGGUGGGAGAACCAAGCUCUGAUUAUGGAGGAACAGACACAUAUGACAUUCAGAAGAUCAUAGAAUACCCUGGCUUCACAGUACCUGUCCCUUUGGGGUUUGUGGAUGAUAGUGUUAUCAAUGGCAUGCCACCUAUUCAACAACAUCAGCUGAAAAAGACAUUAAUGGAAGACACGAUCAGCAAGCAGCAUGCAGCAAAAAAGCGUAGUCUAGAAGAUGAGGAGGCAGAGAAGAAGAAACGCAUUAAAACUGAAGUAGACAUGGAAGUGGAAGAUGCAGAGGAUGUGCCACAGUCCCAGCAGCCAUCGGAAAGUAAGGCUGGUCAGAAUGAUGGGAGGGAAAGCCCUUCAAUGGACAAACUGCAGGAGCAGUAUUUACAGCUGGUGCAGGAGCUUGGUAAUGAAAGCCUUGAAAGCAACGGCGCCACUACACCAUCAUCCAAUGACAGCACCAAAGGUGUAGACAACAGUGUAGAUGUAACACCAUCUGCAAAUGAAUCUGUCUCGGACGCGGAAAUCUUGAGGCAGACAAAUUUUUCUUUCAUGUCUACCACUUCGAUAUCAAAAGACUAUGGUACACCAAUCAUGAUAAAAAAUAACAGCUUCAAAGUCUUGCCUACACCAGAAAAGUUUAGUCAGGGCAUCGAGGAUCACAUACCUUUCGAGAAUCUGCCGGAUUCUGUGGGGACAUUUGAAAAGAUGAGAAACAUAUUCAGACACAUAAGAGACAAAGUGAAGGGGAAGAAAAAAUAAUGGCAUGUGCAUUUAAUUUUCAAUUUUAAGGAAUUCAUCUUCUCCAUGUUUUUUGCAACAUUUGCUUAAACCCAGCAGAAAUACAAGACUGGAAAUGAGCAGAGUAUCAGGCUGCAGAUGAUGUUAACAGUGGAUGAAUUUUACAUAAGCUGUUGCUCAUACAGAGCUAGAUUUUAGUGUGACCACUUCUUGUUCCUAUUCACCCCCAUCGGAGCAUUUUAGGACAUUAAAAACAAUGAAGUUUUAAAGUUGGGAUUUACAUGGAAGGGAGGGGGUAUGUACGUAUGUCCCGAUUUAUUACAAGUUCUGUAGAAUUUGUGUGUGUGUGUGCAUGUACGCUUUAUUUUCUUUAGAAACAUACUGUUCAGAGAGAUCUGAUCAGAAAAGACAUGUAAACUGCAGGACGUCUUCUGAACAUGUACUGCUUCUUAUUCUUAUGUUACAUUUGUAACGUUUUAAUGCUCAUGAGUAGCACAAGAUGCUUUGUUUUUAAAUUCAGUAAUUGUUCCACCCUUUUAUUGUCUAGUUUAUUGACAAUUAUUCAUUGUUGUAGGUUACGACAACUUGAAGAUUAGUUUAGUGGUGGGUUUUCUUUGCCAAGGACUAAUUUAAACACGUGUUUUGGUUUUUUUUUUAACUGUCUGCAACUCACCAAAUGUGCUAUACCAAUUCUUAUCUUAUUAUUUUACCUUAUGCAGAUAUUUUAGGCACUAUCUUUAGUUGGGGAAAAACUAUUGCAGUUUUCUUAUGGUAUUCCAGGUGUAGGGCUUAAUUGUAACAGACAAGAUACAGGAGUUUGUCUAGGUGCAGCUAAUAUAUAAAACAGUUCACUUUUUGCUGAUAUAUGACCUUAAGAAAAACUAUGUGACAACUGAUUCUUUUCUUUGCAUGGAAACAUUUUUGUAAGAGAUAACAAUAUUUUAAUAAUAGAAAUAGAAACAUACUUGCAAUGUGUUCAAGAUUGACAGUGGUAUUGAUAAUGUGUAAAUGUAAUGACCUUGCACUACUUAAAAUCUUUGAAGACUGCUGUCCUAAACGUGUUUUUAUUUCUUGUAAAAUAGAUAAAGAAUGAAAGUUCUUGAAUAUUGUUAAGGUGAAUAAGACUAUUUACAUGAUCCUACAGGGUACAAUUUCUAAAAUGGUCAUCCCAUUAGUGGGUAGAAGUGAAAUGUAGUUUGUAAACGAAAAGAAUUAGUGUGUAGAUAAACUCAGAAGAUUAAGAGUUUAACAAAAAGAAUUUCUUUUAAGAAAGAUUUACAUUGGUAGCAAGUUUUACUGUGAGGUAUUUUGUCAUCAUAUUAAAUUUGUGAUGCCUUCUAUAUUUUAUUGUCAUGCUGACACUAACAGUAGUCUUCACUGCACAAUAAUCCAUUGUCGAGGUCUGUGGCAAAAUAAAGACAGUAUGGUGAGAUUUUUUAAAAA